GAGGGCGCGGGAGAAGUUCUGCCGUCCGUCCGCUCCGCCGCCGCAGCCUUCCCGUCCGUCGCGGGCGCUGGCCCCCAGGGAGGCGGGCUCACUUUCUCUCUCUGACCAAUACGAAGAACCGGCGGUGAAUCCCGAACGAGAAGGAAGCGGGCCUGCAGCAUUCAGCCAGCCUGCUUUCGUUCGUGAUUGACAAGCAAUCAAAGCCAAUGGCCUCUUAAGAAAUCGCCACCGGGCAUCAUUGUUUGCUGACGGCACUUGACCGACAGUUAUUUCCACGGGUUCAUAGGAGCGCGUUUGAUAGAUGUCCGCUUUGUCUAAUGCACUGCGGAGGCUUCGGGCAUGAAGACCAAUCCACCGUGAGAUGGGCGGGAUUAACUGCGGCAGCCACCAAUAGCCGAAAGGCUGGCGAGCGAGCGCGGCCAACGGGAUCGGGAGGCGGGGUUAGCGGAGUGCCGUUGCCGUCUGGCGCAGGAGGCAACGGGUGUGAGGAGUGGGCUGUAGUGCGCGCUUCGGACGCCAUUAUGAGCUAUUCAGGAUAUGGAAACUGGAACUCUGGCACAAACAGAGGUUAUGAAGACUAUAGUUAUGGAUAUGGAUACGGUCAGGAUAACUCUGGCAAUUAUGGGUAUGAUACAUAUGAGUCCUACGACUCAAGGUCUUCACUGAAUGACCGUGAUCUGUUCAGAUCCGGCUAUGAUUACAGUGAGACUGAACAUGAAACCGCCAAUGCCUAUGAAGGCCACUAUGACAACUCCUAUGGGAACCGCAGGGACCAGUACCACAACAGAGCACGUGACAACUUUGGCCAUCGCGGUCAAAACUGGCCUAGAGAUGGGCGAAAUAACAGAUCCAUGGCAGCACCAUAUUCUGGGCGCAUGGGUGGACAAUGGAAUGACCCCCCAGCACCAAUGGGAGGACGGGGCCAUGGCCCCAAUAGACCUCCAUCUCUUUUCUCCCACAAACUUUUCCCUGAAUACAAUAUGUUCCAGGGAAUGCGAGGUUUCUCUGGCAACAUGCGCUUUGGAGGAGGCGGCAUGAAACAACGCAUGAGGAGAAACUGGAAAAUGUGGGAUGCAGAUUUUAAAAAAAAAAGAAUAAAGACUGAGCCAGCUACUAAUAAGCGAAAACAAGCUAACAGUUCUGAUGAGCCAGACAGCAAAGCAGCAAAAACCGAUGGUUCUGACAAUUCAGACUCUGAUAAUGAAGAGGGCCAUGAAGGAGAAGCUGUAGAGAAGUGUUCUAAAGCUGAAGGAGAGGGAGAAGGUGGUGAAGAGGAAGAAAGAAAAGGAGACUCUGAGAAAGGAGCCCUGACAAUUCAGGAAGAGAUAAGUCAAAUCAAGCGCAAAUUGCAAGCUGGUAAGAAAACUCAAGAGAGACAGAAAAAGAGAUACCGUGAUCGGAUGGUGGAAAGCAGGAUUCAGUUUGUGUGUUCAUUGUGCAAAUACCGUACUUUCUAUGAGGAUGAGAUGACCAAUCAUUUGGAGAGCAAGUUUCACAAGGAGCACUUUAAAUUUGUUGGAACCAAGUUGCCCCAGCAGACAGCUGACUUCCUCCAGGAAUAUGUAGCUAACAAAACAAAAAAAACAGAAGAACGUCGUAAAGCAAUCGAAAAUAUUAACGCAGUUAUACAACAGAUCUACAAAGACCAAGACCUUACUCAGGAUAUAGGUAUGGAGCAUUUUGUAAAAAAGGUGGAGGCUGCUCACUGUGUUGCGUGUGACCUCUUCAUCCCAAUGCAAUAUGGAAUUAUUCAGAAACAUCUGAAAUCUCUUGACCACAACCACAACCGCAGAGCUAUGAUGGAACAGUCCAAGAAAUCAUCAUUAGUAGUUGCAAGAAGUAUUCUUAACAAUAAGCUUAUCAGCAAGAAACUGGAGCGAUAUCUCAAGGGUGAGAAUCCUUUCACAGAUGACCCUGAAGAGAAAGAGGAAGGUGAGGAAGGUGAGGCAGGAACUAGUGGGAACAUGGAGGAAGGAGCACUUGAAGGUGAAGGAAACAAGACGGAUGAGGAAACCAAAGGUGGAGACAAUCCGGAUGAAGAAAAUCCAGUUGAAGAAAGUAGUGCAGAAAAUAAGGGUAAAGAAGAAGAAGGGAUAGGAGAAGAACCAAGACAGAUGGAGGACUUGAGUUUGAACAUGUCCCAGGAAGCCCUUGCUGCUGAGCAGGAGCAAGAAUCUGAGGAAGAAAGAAAAGAAAUUAUACCUUCAGAGAAGCUGGAACCACCUGAUGAAUGAAUGUUCAAAGAAAGUUGAUGCAUCUGGAGAGUCUGCGUUAAAACUUUUAAACCCAUAACUGUAUUUGUGACACUACAUGGCACGUGGCUUUUGGUUCUCAUUGACAACAGCUUCACCUAGUUACAGCACUUAAAAGCCUUUAUCUGUAAAGUGUUUUGGAAAUUAGCUUUUUAAAAUCAAACCUUCAUUGUAUUAGCUAGAAUUUGUGCAGUACAAUUUCUAGGUGGCUUUGUACUAGGAAGAUAUCUCCUCCCUCUUGUUUUUUUUUUGAGUAAAUACUCAAAACCAAACUGUGCUGUUCUGCUUGUUUUAUGCUACAACCCUGGGGAGUAAGUAUCCUCUAACCUUUUCCCUCCCCACCCCCAAUUUUGUAUAUAGUUAAAAAAAAGUUCCCUUUUCAUUUUUUGCCUGGAAACAUCAGAGGCAGAAUUCUGAAUUUUAAAUUCUGCACCAUCAAAAUAACUUCCAUGCAACUUUAACAUUCUUCUCUUCUACCUUACCUUUUUACUUUAGUGUAUAACAAAAAUACCUGUGGUCAGCACAAUAGUUCUGUAGUGCUCUUUUUUAAAAGAUUGAAUAGUUCUAGUGGCUAGAGAGAAAGCACUAUUCUAGGACUACUUAGGUGUGUGGGAUUCUAAAAGCAGAAAGGUGUUGGAUGUGUAGGAGAAAGAGCUGCAGCCUGGUGCACUCUUAAAAGACAGUGGAACAAAGGUUGCUAUUCUGUAAAUGAAGGCUGUGGUGGUCUGUAUGAAAUCUACUGAUGAAGAGUGUUACAGAAACAUUAAAUAUUCCCUUACCAAUGGA